ACUCCACCUCUAAGAAGCACGCGUGCGCGUGGGGGCAGUGAACAAUGAGGUCUCUGUUGCUCUGUCCCCGCGCGCACCUUGUUUUCUUUCUCAAGUUUUAAAGUCCCAUCUGCUUCAAUCGGUCCACCACCACCUCCACCACCACUCUUCAAUCUUCAUUACUCUCAAUUUCAUUUACUUUUCAAAAUAUAGUGCUAGUGCGUAAGAGUGAUAGUGAGAGACUACAGAGGUUUCUUUCCCAUGGCGUCCACCAAAGAAAGAGAGAACCACGUCUACAUGGCUAAGCUUGCCGAGCAAGCUGAGCGCUACGACGAUAUGGUGGAACAGAUGAAGAAAAGGGUGACGAAGAGCGCUGAACCCGGCAUGGAACUGAGCGUGGAAGAGAGGAACCUGUUCUCCGUUGCGUACAAGAACAUGGUGGGAGCUCGCAGAGCCUCGUGGAGGAUCCUAUCCUCGCUCGAGCAGAAGGAAGAAUCGAAAGGGAACGAUCAGAACCUGAAGCGGAUCAAGGAGUAUAGGCACAAGGUCGAGUCCGAGCUCUCUGACAUUUGCGUCGACAUCAUCUCCCUCAUCGACGAUCAUCUCAUCCCGGCUUGCUCCACCGGAGAGUCCACCGUCUUUUUCAACAAAAUGAAAGGGGAUUAUUAUCGGUAUUUGGCGGAGUUUAAGGCUGGUGAUGAGAAGAAAGAGAUUGCUGAUCUGUCAAUGAAAGCUUACCAGGCAGCUUCUACUACAGCAGAAGCUGAAUUACCUCCUACACAUCCCAUCAGACUGGGUUUGGCCUUGAAUUUCUCUGUAUUUCAUUAUGAAAUUAUGAACUCUCCUGAAAGGGCUUGUUACCUGGCAAAGCAAGCCUUUGAUGAAGCUAUCUCGGAGUUGGAUACUUUGAACGAGGAAUCUUACAAAGACAGCACUUUAAUUAUGCAGCUCUUGAGGGAUAACCUCACAUUGUGGACUUCUGACAUCCCAGAGAAUGAAGAAGAAGGCCAAAAGCAGGACAUAUCUGCCAAAGUAGGUGCAGGUGAAGAUGCAGAGUGAACUGUAGCCGUCCAAGAUCUAUGCCCGGAGUUUGAGUAAUGUUGUUUGGGUGUUUUUGACAUACAUGUGGGUGAAAAAGUGUGUUAAAAUGUAUAUAAAGUUGUUUAAAAUGUGUGUUAAAAUUUGCUCUCCAAACAGGGUCCUACUAAAGUGCUAAAGUCUUGGGCGCAUUUACUCUCUGGCUGCUCUGUGUCACAAGGGAAAUUUUAGUUCUAUCACUCUUUUAUUGUUGUGGGGUUUUAUCUUCAUGAUUGUUGUUUUUCUUUGGAUUGUCAGCUUGUUGGCUUAAUCUGAAGGAUUUUAAAGGUUUCUUUAGGCCUAUGGUGUGUCGCCAUAUAUCUAUAUAUACCAUUCUUUUCCUGGGCUA